UCUCGUGAGACCUUAUGGCAUGUGCCACAGUCUUUCAAUGUAACGGAUCCGAUUAAUCCACCUGUCGGUUGGGGGUUUCAAAACAUUGAUUUCGAGAUCAAGAAGAAGAAGAAGACCUCGACUGACGCUCCUCCGAUGGGUUGGUGGUGUGGGCAUAUGUCUCUGUGGGAAUGUGGGCUCAUUGGGCUUUUGUUUGUUUCUAAGUAGCUCGGUCGUUUUUGGACUGGGCCUGUUUGUGAUAAGGGUUUGAGCUCCGGGCGAAGCGUGGCCAUGGCGGCCAAGCGGGUCGCCGUCCUUCACAGCCUCAUCCCGAACCCCCCCGGCCUCGCCGGUCCCGAUCGCGUCCCGGAGAUACUCCUCCUCCUCCGCCGCCGCCUAUGGUCAAUGAAGAAGGACGCCUUGCUGGAGGCGGCGCUCUCCCGCAACCGCCGCUGGAUCGUCAACAACCAGAUCAAGAACUUCCUCCUCCGCUCCCCCGGCCGCACCGCCACCGUUCGCUCCCUCCAGAAGCGUUUCAAGACCUUUGACCUCCAAGGCCGCGCCCUCAACUGGCUCCGAAAGUACCCCUGCUGCUUCGACACCUUAUCCGGCCCGGCUGGCCCCGACGGCGGCGGCGGUGAGGAGCUUCGCUUCACCUUCUCCAAGCGCAUGGCCGCGCUCGUCGACGAGGAGGAGAGCGUCAAGGAGGCCUCCGAGCCCGCCAUGGCCCGGCGGCUCGCUAAGCUCCUCAUGCUCUCCCGAGACCGCCGCCUCAACGUCGUCAAGCUCAACGAGCUUAAGCGCAACUUCGGCUUCCCCGACGACUACGUCCUGCGCCUCAUUCCCAAGCAUCCGGAGAUCUUCAGGAUAAUCAACCGCACUGGGCGGCAGAACGCGAUGGAGAUCGAGCUCCUCCGGUGGGAUCCCAAUCUCGCGAUCUCCGCCAUCGAGGCCGCGGCCAUCGAUCGCGGAACUGAGCCGCGGUACGUAUGCUCGUUGCCGGAGACCUGGUUCAAGACCCGGGAGAAGUUCGACGAGUUCAACGACGCCACGCCGUACGUCUCGCCGUACUCGGAGGACCGGACGGAGUCAGAAAAGCGGGCGGUGGGGGUCGUCCAUGAGAUCCUUUCGCUGUCGCUGUGGAAGAAAGCAUCGAUCCUAAAGCUGGAGCACUUUAAGAGGGAGUUUGGAUUGCCGGUGAGGCUGAACCUAUUGUUGCUGAGGCAUCCGUGCAUCUUCUAUGUGUCGAACAGGUAUAAGAUUUAUACGGUGGUCCUCAGGGAAGCAUACAAUGGGUCGGAGCUCAAAGAUAAGGACCCGUUGGUGGUGGUGAAGGAUAAGCUUGGGGAAUUGAUGCAGGAGGGGCUUCACGAGUACAAUCGGAGACGGCAUCUAGCAAACUUAGGGAAGAAGAGGAAGAGAGGUGAGAUUGACUUGACACCGAAGAAGGAAGAAGAUGAUGAAAAUGAAGAGGAAGCUUCGAGACUGGACACUGUUGAGAAGAGGGAAGAGAGGAUAAGGUUUUACAAAGUGCUCUUCGACGAGAAACCAUGAUGAAAUGGAGCUUUCCUUUCCCCAUCCCAUCAUCGCUACUAGUGAAACAAACGGAUGGAGGAAAAGAAGAGAGAAGCGCUUAAGCCCGCUCGCCUCGGAUCCGGCGAGCGAGCUGGAUGUCCUUGGGCAUGAUGGUGACCCGCUUGGC